GAACCAGUGACCUUCGAGGACGUCGCCAUCUACCUGAGCCGCAUGGAGUGGGACACCAUCACAGCAGGGCAGAGGGAGCUCUACUGCAGCGUCAUGAUGGACAACUACCAGCUCCUGACGUCUCUGGGUUACCCAGGCCCCAAACCUGACAUUUUAUACCGGAUGGAGCGUGGGGAAGAGCCAUGGGUAUGCUCACCGCAGAGCCCAGCGAGGUGGGAAGGCCCCAGCUGCCCCUCUCCAGGAUGUGAUGGGGCCAUGAGCUUGCUGGAAGCGCCUCCCUGGGGCUGGUGGCCUGGUGCUGGUGUGCCAGAGGAGAGGGCACAGUUGCCCUGCCAAGGGUUGGUUCUGGGCAGCAAAGCUCGAGCCAUGCUGCACAGGUUGGCCACGCGGAGAGCCCAGAUCGGGCAGAUCAUCAGGAAAGCCAAGCGGAUUAUGUGGCGCUGCAAUUCCUACAUCAGCAGGAGGCUGGGGGUUCCUCGGGCCUCCUCCAGCACCCGCUGUCCUGCACCUGCUGUCCCUCAUGAGGCAGCUGCGGUGGCGAGUAGCAAAGUGCUGCACCCUGAGGUGACCACGCACAGCGAGGAGCAGCCCAUCUGCAGCCCUGAUGUUAACCACACCACCAGAGGACAUGAACCUGCUCACUCGGAUCACAUACCAUUGCAUGCCGCCUACAAAACACUGAUGCGGACGGUGGACCAUGUGUUUGGAUCCGUGUGCCACAAGUUCGAGCUUAGCAGCUACGCUCGGCAUGCAGACACCUGGCCCUUCAUCAUCCGCAUGGACAGCUGA